AAUCGAGUCAACAAUCCUGCAAGAAGAAGGGCACUGACUCAUUGAUUGGAACCAUUUCGAAUCUUUCCGUCAUUUUCCUUGACCGGGCUAUAUAGCUAGUUGUCAAUCAUACCGAUAGCUGUUGUCAUACGAGUGCGAUAGCUCUAGAGAACAUUAUCCACCCUGCACUAUCACAAUAACACUACCUAGAGCCUCAAUCGUCCUUCCACCAUGAAGUUCCAUUUCAGUCGGUUCAUCCUUUCUCUGGCCAUUCUGGGCGUCCGAGGAGUGCAAGCAGACGGAGAUGACAAGAAGAAUGUUUGUUUGGAAUCCUUGACCGGAAUCACUGGCGGCACUACAACAUGCACUCCCCUAGGAGUGGCACCCAUGAUUGAGGGAGCCUCCUUUUUUCCCGAAGCCAUUGUCAAGGAUCAAGGAAGUAAGGAUAUUUUUGGAUGUUGCAACAGGAACAGUGACGAAGAAGAGUCGUCCUUGACACCCACACAAAUUGGCAAAAUGCCACAAUUCUCGACCGAAACAUCCAUGCAAGUCUUGGCGGCGGCCAAAAAGGCGUGGGCCAAUGGACGUGGAGUAUGGCCACAAAUGUCACUGCAGGAACGAAUUGAAGCUAUUGAAGCAUUCUUGACGGCAUUGCAGGACCAACGAAGUUCCAUUAUCAACUUGCUCAUGUGGGAAAUCGGAAAGAACUAUGGAGAUGCCGAGGCAGAGUUUGAUCGAACUGUUGCCUUUGCCAGAAAGGUUAUCGAAAGCAUCCAAACAGACCCAGAAUUUGCUGGUGUUUGGCAGACAAUCGGGAGCACCAAGGCGCUGGUGAGGCGUACUGCCAUUGGAAUCAUUCUCGCAUUGGGACCCUACAACUAUCCACUGAAUGAGACCUACGCCACAAUCAUCCCAGCAUUACUCAUGGGGAACAUUGUAGUUCUCAAAAUUCCAACCGUUGGAGGUCUCGUUCAUUUCCUGACUAUGGAAGCAUUCAAAGUGCUGCCUGAGGGAACCGUCUCUUUCAUUUCGGGAGGAGGACGAGCUACCAUGCCACCCAUUAUGGCAACUGGUGAUAUUGACGGACUUGCAUUCAUAGGUGGAUCAAAUGCUGCUGAUGAUCUGAUCAAGCAACACCCUCAUCCCCACAGGUUGAAGGUCUUUCUUCAGCUAGAAGCAAACAACAUGGCGAUCUACCUCCCUGACAUCUUUGAACGCAAACACAAAAAGGUCUUGGAGAAUGCCCUAUCGGAAACCAUCACUGGGACCCUCAGCUACAAUGGACAGAGAUGCACAGCGCUCAAGCUACUCUUUGUACCUAAAGCACAUGGCGACUCGUUCACGAAAGCUUUCGUACAAAAGGUGGAAGCAAUGCGGGUUGGGCUUCCUUGGCAACAGUUUGAGGACGAGAAGUUCUCGCAAGUGACACCCUUGCCGAGCGCCAAACGUGUCCAAUACAUGAAAGAGUUGAUUGCUGACGCUCUUGAGAAGGGUGCUUCGAUAAUGAACAAGGAUGGUGGCACUCUUGUGGGAGGCGACGAUUCCACGCUGAUGGUGCCCGCUGUCCUCUACCCGGUGGAUUCCAGCAUGAAGGUGUACCAUGAGGAACAGUUUGGACCUGUCAUCCCUAUCGCCCCCUAUGAGGAAUUUGAAACGGUACUCGCUUUUGGUCAAGAUGGCCCUUACGCGCAGCAGGUCUCGCUAUUUACCGCCAAGGAUGCAGAAACAGCUUCGACCGUCAUUGAUCGCUUCUCCGCUGUCUUUGGCAAAAUCAAUCUGGGCUCACAAUGCGGUCGCAGCCCCGACACGUUGCCUUUCAGUGGAAGGAGGAGCUCAGCAAUGGGUGUCAUGUCUGUGUCCCAUGCUUUGAGAGAGUUCUCCGUGCCAACAGUCGUAGCUUACAAGGAAAAGAAGGACGUCCCAACUGAGGAACUCGUGAAGAAAGUAAGCAAGACGUCGAAGUUUCUGCAAUCUGUUACUGCAAAGUCAUGA